AAAUGGGGCUGGGUGAUCUACCGCACCACAUAUGGUGACGAUGAAGCUUGGGAACGUUGCAAAGAGAUCAUCUCCUACCGUACACGCCGCAACAUCGCAGACUCGGACGCACCAGGCAUUGCAAAGAGCCUCGAGUUGACUUUCGUUGACGAUAAAUCCUUGUUUGAUGGGGCUUCAAAGCAUCAACUCCGAUCUCAUUUUCGCACCUGGUCCCUGGACGCAUUUCAAUCGGAGAACCCAAGAGCAAAAGAUGUGAGCGGAGACCUAGGAUAUUGGAUGCAAGGCUGUGGCGUCCCUCGAUAUGUGUAUUUCUUCCAGGUAAACCUGCAGUCCCUCCGGAGUAUCGUGUUCGAGGCGCCCCAACCGCCUGACUACGAUCUUGACUGUGAGAGCCACAUCAACUUCAUCGACGCCUACUGGAAACCGAUGAGAGAAUUGGCAGCAGUGCUACGACAUACAGAACAAGACGAGGUCGAUGCUUUCGAGACCGCUCAUGAGCCUAUCGAGGGGUGCGGGGAAGAGAACGUCGGAUGGAUGAAGGUGUCUACUGAGACGAUGGGUUCCGAUUGGUAUGAGGUAUGGCUCAGCAGUAUCGGCGGCGAUGCCAGCAUUUGGUAUGCCUUCUACCAACGCCCGCCCGAGAAGGUGUACUGGUGA